UGUUGCACCAACAUUUUUACACAACACAACACACACAGGUCAGACAGAGAACGUUCUACUGCCCCUAACCCAUAAAGACAUGACAAAAUAACCCUAAUCAAGUUAUCGUAGUGUUGUACCAAUGGCUGACGAGGAGCAAAAUGAGAAAAAGCAGGGCUUCAAAGUGAUGGGUAUUCUAGACAUCCAGAAUACACCAUGUGCUAGGGAGGCCAUACUGCACGGCGCUGGAGGAUCUGUUGUGGGAGGUCUACUGUACUUCCUGGCUACAAGCAGAGUAAAGAGGUCCUUUGACAUGGGCUUUGCCAGUUUCUUCUUCACAACACUUGGGUCAUGGUGCUAUUGUCGAUACAACAAUGCAAUGCUACGCGUUCAACAGAGAGUGAUACAAGAAGGCAUCAAGAACAAAGUCAUGUAUGAAGGCACCAGUGUUGACCCCUCACGUAAACAAAAAGCAGACGAGAAGAACUCUUAGCAUUCACUUUCCCCAAUCAAAUUCCAGAUCGAAUCUUUUUUUUUCUUGUCUUUUUUUAAGUGCAGUUACCUGAAGGGAAUAUUCAGAUUUAAACUGAAUAUUGGCAGUAUUUUAGUUUGCGCACCAGUAAUGCAAACUCCUCUUCUGUAACAGAGUUCUUCCACACAUGUAAACAUGCAUUGUUUUGAACUUUUUUUUUUAAACCAAAUACUGACAAUAUUCAGUUUGAAUCAGAAUACCCAACUCACUUUUGAUGUAUCUUUUACAUCUUACAUCUUUUGAUGUACGUAUACUGUAUGUCAGUGUGUGGUUUGGAAGUGUUUAAAUUGAAAUAUUUAACCAUAUUUGUAAAGAAUUAAAGAAGUUAGGCAUCUAAUGAUCAUGCGGUUUCAGGAGGAGAUUAUUUUGGGAAGCCAUGUUGGCUCGUUGGUUUUAUGUGUCUUGAAGUCAUUUCAUCAGUAAUAAUAACAUGAAAGUUCACAGGCAUAAUGGUAAUUGGUCUACUGUACGUUUUAUAGGAACAUCCGUGAAUUACUGAGAGCUAGAGAUGAGACCAAAAGGACCAUGUCGUGAUCAUGUGCAUAAAAUGCAGUCUGUACCACGUGUGUAUAAAUGCAGUCUGUAAAUGUUCAUUGUGGUGUGACCUGUAACAAAUUAAACCUUUUGAAUCUGCA